GAAUGUAGAAAAAAUAUCAAAAAUAUAGACACAUAGCCAGAUGGGUAUUACAUCGUUCAAAGGCUUUCUAACGCGGUAAGCUAUUAUAUUUACUGCCGAUAUCCCAACAGGACUCGAAUAUGUCAGGGCUCAACUCAAUGCUCACACUGCAGAGGUGGAUGGCUGACUUUAGCAACGUGCCAGAUGAAGAACGCUCAGCCUUCUGGAUACAAACAGCGUUGUAUUCUACAUUAGUGCCUAUUAUAGGUGCUUUUGUGAUCUAUGCUUGCUUCCUGGUUGGGUUCAGGGUGAUGGCGUUUUUGGAUGACUAUCUCGUUCCUGAUUCGACCAAGAGGGUGAACAAGAGUGAUAUUGUGCACACGAGUCUCAAUGAGAAGAAACCAAAGGCAUCGAAUGCGGGCAGUGACUCUCCCAAAAAUAGUGCAGAAGCGAAGAAGAAGAAACAAUGAGACUUUCCUCGAGAUGUGAAACUAGCGUAAGGAUAUGCAAAGUUAAUCAGCGAAGCAGAGUUCGUGAUGAGGCUUGUACUCACAUCCCUGUGUCAGUGGCGGGUACAAUUAGCAGACUUAAAACCCUAAAACCCAAAAGGUUUCAUUGUAUUGAGCGGAACGCUACCACAUACAUAACACUGCUGUAUACGCAAGACUGCCGUGAAGACCACCCAGCUGUGAUCAUCGCCUGCUACGACUUCACUUUCUCGCUGUACGAGCUCUUCACCCAUUUAGUCAGCACACCACUGGCGGCAAUUUAGUUUGCCACAGUUUUGAAGUAUGUAUGCGACGCUUCGGUGCAAUUCUCUGAACACGGAUGCAAUUCCAAAUAACUCACUGGAAUUGUCUGAGCUCUGAGAAUCGGCAUGACCGCCGACUAUCUUUCUUCUAUUUCGAAAAGUGCGAGGCAAGUAACAACAAUACACACGAUUCAUUUGACAAGAUAACCGUAUAAAAGUUGCUGUACUGUAGUAACUGGUGCAUACUCACACCUUUUAGGGCACGCACUGUACCGCUUAUCUAGUAUGGUAGUCGAGAGAACUCUUAGC